AUGUGUUCUUUCAAAAUAAUCUCCAUAUUCCUUCUGGUCAUCCUACUUUUCCCAUCAUUUCAACCCAAAUGUGGAGCUUCAGCUUCUGUUGAAGAGGCUGCCGCUCUUUUGAAAUGGAAAGCCAGUUUUCAGAACCAGAACAAUAGCAACCUAACCUCAUGGAACCUUCAAUCCAUCAACGCCAAGAAUUCUUCUAGCCUUCCAUGCACUUGGGCUGGUGUUUCUUGCAUUCAUGGAAGCGUCAACAGGUUAAACCUCUCAAAUUGGAGAAUUAAAGGUAGCCUCUACGAUUUCCCAUUUUCAUCCCUCCCAAAUCUUGAAUAUCUUGAUCUCAGCCUGAAUCAGAUCUUUGGCAGCAUACCUAAACAAAUAGGUAGCCUGUCGAAGCUCAUUUAUCUUGAUGUUUGGGUAAAUGAAUUGUCACAAGAAAUCCCAGCCGAAAUUUGCAACUUGAGAAACUUGACUCAUUUAGCUCUUGCAAGAAAUCAAUUUUCAGGUCCAAUUCCAUUAGGAAUAGGGAAGCUGCAGUAUCUCGUGGAACUUUAUUUGGAUAAUAACAAUUUAACAGGUUCAAUUCCAGCCAGUUUUGGUGACCUCAACAGGCUAGCGGAUUUGAGACUUGUUCAAAAUAACUUAUCUGGUCCCAUUCCCAGUGCAAUCGGGAAUUUGAUCCCACUUCGAUUUCUUCACUUGAAUCGAAAUAAUCUCACUGGUGCAAUCCCAAAGUCACUAGGUAAUUUGACCAAUUUGAUUGAACUGGUACUCUCAAACAAUCAACUUUCAGGUUCAAUUCCUGUUUCAAUUGGAAACUUGAGUAAUUUGGAAAUACUGCAUCUCCAAAACAAUCAAUUUUCUGGUUCGAUUCCGGUCACUUUUGGUAAUCUCAAUAGGCUGGUGAAUCUAAGCCUUGACCAAAAUCACCUAUCUGGUCCCAUUCCUCCUGUGAUUGGAAAUUUGACCUCACUUCAAUUUCUUAACCUGUGUCAAAAUACUCUUUCUAGUACAAUCCCAAAGUACCUAGGCGAUUUGACCAAUUUGAUUCACCUGAAUCUCUCGGACAAUCAACUUUCAGGUUCAAUCCCUGUUUCAAUUGGAAACUUGAGUAACUUGCAAUAUUUGUCUCUGGGACAAAAUUAA